AUGUGCUUUGGCAGUCAGAAUGAGAGAGACGACGACCCUCCUGCGAGGCCAGCGCAGAACUAUGACGGCGGGAGAACAAGUGUGACGACAAACCAGUACUCUUCACCGCCGCCGGGAUAUCACAGCCAGCAGCAUCCCCAGCAGAAUAGGCCGCACGAGGACUUUGCGCCGCCUCCUGGACCGCCUCCUGGCAGGCGGCAAGAAGACGACUUUGCACCUCCCCCGGGGCCACCUCCAGGACGACAGCAGCAGGACGACUUCGCUCCUCCUCCAGGGCCACCUCCAGGACGGCAGCAGCAGGAUGAUUUUGCUCCUCCUCCAGGGCCGCCUCCUUCUCAUCAGCAGGGCGACUUUGCGCCGCCGCCAGGACCGCCGCCAUCUAAAAAGGACGAUUGGAUUGCUCCUCCAUCGGACCCCUAUGGCUCUCAGUCUUUCCAGGGCCACGACUGGCAGGCCGCUGUGCCAGACACUUCGCUCUUCCCCCCGCCUCCCAUGAUAUUCAGUGGCUACGAUGCGUCGCCCGCCAACAAUGCGACUGAGGAGGAGGCAGAGGCUGGCGAGAAGUGGUGCCAAGACUAUCCCGUAGUCGAGCCGAUUGUGCUCGACCAGCCGGGCAAGAAUGCGCUGCAGUCCAACAACUUCCGGCUCCUGGAACCGGCAGGCUUCAACGGCUCCUUGAAGUUCCUGGCGCCAGGCCACUGGGAGGGUCACACCAACAAGAACAGCCCCGACCGCUGCAUCAUCGGCUACCCUCCCCUCUACGUGGUCAACGAGCACGACCCUACGGUCACCAAACAGCCAAAGACCAUCUACUACGAGGUGACUAUUCGCCGCAACAGCCCCACCAUCAACCUGGCCCUGGGCUUCACUGCGCUCCCCUAUCCAUCCUUCCGUCUUCCCGGAUGGCACCGCGGCAGUCUGGCUGUUCACGGAGACGAUGGCCACAAGUACAUCAACGACCGCUGGGGCGGCAAGGACUUCACAUCAGAGUACCGUGCGGGCGAUACGUACGGCAUUGGCAUGACAUUUACGCCGACGGGCUCUCACAGGCCUCGUGUCGACAUCUUCUUCACAAAGAACGGCGAGCGGACUGGUGGAUGGGAUCUGCACGAGGAGACGGACGCCCAGCAGGAUUUGCCGGUUACGGGGCUAGAGGGCUUCCACGACUUGAGCUGUGCGAUUGGAGCGUUUGAUGCGACCAACUUUGAGGUUGUGUUUGAUCCGUCAAAGUGGCUGUACCGGGAGGCGAGGUUUGAUCUCUGA